GCGAUCAAGUCAACAUGGCGCUGCUUAGAUUUCUGAAACGGCGACUCAGUUUUCUUGGGCUUGUGUUUAUUGCAACGAUCUUUUGGAUAUUUUAUUUGAUUCUUUCAGCUCCUGCAGCUUCUGAUUCAUCAUACCACCAUGGGGUAUUGCCACAUGAUCAAGGAAAAGUCUUGAAGAAAGAGGUUGUUAGUGUAACAAGAAAAGUAAUGGUGGAGCAUCUACAACCCAAGAAUGUUGUAAAUAUAGAGAACAAGGGAGAGAAGCAGAUCCAACCACCGAAGGAUGCCGAUAUUUCCGGGAAAGUUAUAGAGGUACCGGAAAAGCAAGUUAUACCUCGACCUCCCCCUGAGAUAGACGGAAACAUUGCAGGCAAUGUUGUUAAACCAUUUGGUGAUAUCAAUAGAGUUGUAGUUAAUGAAAAGAGCGGGCAAAAAAAUGAUUCAGACAAAGUUGAAGGUAGUCCAAAAGCAGCGGACAUAGAUAAGUCUGUCGAAAUUGUGAAACAGUUUAACGGUACAAAGAAUGUAACAGAAAAAGAAUCAUCAAAGAAACUUAAUGAAACAGUUAAUAUAUCAAAAAACGUUACUCAUCAGCCAGUACUGAAACAGGUUGAAAAGCAAGUGAUAAAGCUGGGGCAAAGUUUUAAAAAUAAGACAAUCGGAGAUUGGGAAACAGUGAAGAACAAAACACUGGAAAAGUUAACGAAUUUAGGCGUAAUUAAAAAAACUGAGUAUAUAAAAUUGAUAUAUACUCCAGUGAAAUGGAUUUUGAAUAUAUCAUUUGAAGACAUAGGUAAUAUAAUGAAAGACACGCAGUACUUUCAAGUUAAACAGAAUCUAACAGAGAUGGAGUACCAUCCGUUGAUGUCUCCGAAUUCAACACAGAAGUUAAAUGUUACGGAAGUAAAAUAUGGACUUGGGUAUUGUGAUUGUAAGGACCUGGAGUGUAUGUGCUGUGUACGGGUGUACAAUAAGUGGAUGAGAUUAAAUAAUACAGCUUGUUCUUUAAUAACAUUCUCAUCUAAAUCUCAGGAGCUGCAGUUUGUUUAUUCCAUUGAUAAAAUGCCUAUUUUCGAUAGAAAAAUUGCAGCUGAAUUUCCACCAAAGAUUUGUUUGGAAUCUUCGUCUAAAGUUGCGGGCAUUUGUACGUUGUUUUCUAAUGUAACAGCGAAAGUGAAAGCAGAUAGUGAUAUUCAUAAAAUACAUUUAUCUGGAUGUUUAGAGUAUGAUUUAACACUGUACAAUAGAACUGUUAGUUCGUUUCCCGUCGGAUGUUUCGAGAUUCCAGGACGACAGUCGACUCACAAGGAGGAAAAUCGAGCUCAAAAUCUCGGCAAUUUUAUGCCAUAAUCAUUAUCAAUAUUGUGUAGUUGUCUACGGCUUUAACUUAUGUAAUUGGGAUUAUUAAUAUUUUUCUACCAUGGUGCAUUUUAUCAGUCUUUCUGUCUUUUGUAAGUAAGAUACUGUAUAAUUAUAUUCUGUAGAGCAACGUCCUUUUGAAGACAAAUAUUGUGUUGUUGUUCUUUUUGCAGAGAAAAGUAGUAAUGCUCUUUUAAUGUAUUAUGAUGUCUUAUUUUGGGAGGAAUUAUUGUAGCUGUGAAGAAGUACAUGUAAGUGCUCUGUAGAGGUAAGUUUGUGUAGGUUGCUCUGAAAGGUAAUGUUUAAUGUUCCGUAAAUUUUACGUUUCUCGACAUCAAUAUUCUCAUAAGGUACGUUUAGAUCAAGGGCAUCUCAAGCUAAUUUGCCAAUUGUAAGAUAUUUGAUGCACAUAUAUAUAUCAUAUACAUGUAAAUGAUUAUUGAAUUGUUACAGUGGAUGGUUGACAUCUUUAGGAUCUUAAAAAGGCAUUGCAUAUUGGAAAUUUAUCUUAAACACACAUGAUUUUUUUUUGUCUGACUUAAUAGAGAUUGUUCUGUCAAAUUUUGAUUCCAUAUACAUAUAUAUAUUAUAUACAU